CAAAGUCCCACACUCCCCGACAAAUGGUGCUUUUACGGAGGCGCGGGCAGAGGGUGGGAAAUAUCCUGUAAAUUUUUCAAAAAACAAAUUUGACUACAUAAUUGGUCCGAAUUUAUUUUUAAGCUUGCCUCUGAAGCGCUACGAUGGUAUUGAGGAAGCACGAGCUUGAGAGCAAGCUCGGCGAAGAGAGCCAUCUCAUUAAAACCGGCGUGCUCAGAGACGACAAUCCUUUAGAGGACAACGAGGAUUUCAAUGACUUCCUAUUGGCUUGCAGGCACGGAGAUCUUCAGAAAUGUCAAGAGUACAUUAAUCUGGGAAUCAAUAUCAAUGGAAAGGACAGGUUUGACUACACGGCUCUCAUUAUUGCAAGUCUCUGUGGCCACUAUGAACUGGUUCAGCUUCUUCUAGAAUCCGGGGCCCUGGCCGAGAGAAACACAUUCCAAGGCGAGCGCUGCAUUUACAAUGCAUUGAACGACCGCAUUCGCAAUCUCCUCCUCCAAUACGACUUUUCCAAGAGCUCCGAUCCAUUUGUUUACUGGUCGUCCCAUAUAACUACGUUGAUGAGCCAAUCAGCCUCGUCAACGUCCGACAUUACUCUCUCAGCCGACACCAAAUCAUUUAACCUCCAUAAAUUCCUCCUCGCUUGCCGGUCACCGUAUUUCAGAAAGAAGUUGGAAGCCCAGCCAGAGACAAUAACAUGGAAAUUAGCAUCGUCGAUUCCAGUGGAAGCAUUGCAGGUGGUUCUGCGGUUUAUAUACCUCGGCGAUCUUCCCCGAGAGCUUGUAGGACCAAACAGCCACGUCUCGGAAGAAGAUGUGCUCAAAGGUCUUGAUAAAAUCAGCAAGCAGUUGGAGGUCGAACAACUUUGGGAGGCAAUUUUAGGCGGCAACGAUCGUAGGCUGGCGCGCCAAAGAUAUGAGGACGAAGUUCAGCGAGCACUUGGCCAGGUGAAGAGCUUCUUCCAGGACAAAGUUGUUGGCCACAAGAUGGUGGUUGACGUUGAACGCGCUGAUGAUGUGAAAUGGAACCAUGAUAAUUCCAUUUUCGCCGAUGUGCUUCUACGAGCCGAUGAACCGGUGGAAGACGAGGCGGAUCAACUAGGCGAAUCGACACCUCCAACAGAGCGUAACGGAAUGCCUAUUGGUCCCGCUGUAGGACUACUACCUGAUGAGCUGCCGGCAAAGAAGUCUCGAAAAGCAGUGCUCUACCCGGCCCAUAAAGCGAUGCUGACUCGCAGUGAGUACUUUGCCACCAUGUUUAGCGGUGACUUUGUUGAGUCGCGUAAGACGGAUCACCUUCGUGUAGUCACGGUUGACUGCAGCCCGCCGGUCCUCGAACUCGUCUUGGCAUUUCUUUACACAGAAAGUGCUGCAUGUCCACUUGAACAUGCACUCGAGCUUCUUUAUGCAGCUGAUAUGCUCUUUUUGGAUAACCUCAAGGCCAAAGCCGCUGUAGCUAUUAGCACCCUUGGCAGCGGUAAAAAGAAUGCUCUUGUCGACCGCACCCAUACUGUGCAAGCGGAUGCCAAUGGAGGUCUCACCGUUGAGGUAGAGCCCAUCAAUAUCUACGACGUUAUCCAUGCUGCAUGGGACCUUCGCGUGCAGCGCCUGGAAGAAUUCGCGGCGCGGUACCUGGCCCAUCGAUUGGAAGAUUACAUUGACGAGCCGGAGUUCCAAGAGCUCAUCCGCGAAAGUGCUGACCGACUACAAAAGCGUGAAGAAACAGACACGAUCGAGCUUCUGGACGAUAUCCGAUACUAUUUAUCUGAGCGUUUCCGUCUGCGAUUCGAAGAUGUGGGUAUUGAGGACAUGAUGGACGACGAAGGCGAGCUCAAUGCAGAUGCCGCUGCAGCCAUAGCCGAAGAAGCAGCAAGGCAAAAUGGUGUCAAUGGCGCAAACAGCGAUUCACACGAGGCACAGCCGCUGAAGCCAACGACUGAUACUGCAGUAGAGGACCAAGAUGGCGGCGCAGCUGUUACGAUUGAUGGUGAAGCUGCUGAGGACGAGUUCGUUUCAGACGCCAUCAAUUACCAGCUACUGCUCAACAAGAUCGACGUCAUGCUGGACAGGUUACAACUAGAUGCAUAGAUACUUUUUUGACUAGACAUUUACAUAAUCGUAUAUCAUAGAUACAUAAAGACUAAACAAAACCCUAAUUCUUUUGCUACAUUAACUGGAAAAACUUGAGAUCGUCACACAGUACUGAAUAGAUUGUAGCUUUUGCCACGUAAACAUGCUUUAGUAGUCGACAAUUUUGAUGUUGUCUUGGACUGCUUGUGGUAGCUCCUCCAACUUGAUAAAGCCCAUCGAGACACAGUCGCCCCAGAAGAACAUGGCACGAGAUUGUGCGUAAGAAAGAUAAUCAAACUCGUCCAGACCCAACUGCUCUUCUGCCUUGACCGCCUCUUCGGGGGAUACAGGCAUCUUGUUAUCGUCCAAGCCAGGAAUCUUGGCCUGUACCACACCCCAGGCAACCCACAUGGCACUGUUAACAGGGCGCCAGAGUCUUGUUUCGUCCAUCAACUCGCAAACUUGUUGAUCGGUUUGCUCCUCACGAGCGCGCUCUGCUGCUCCCCAUCCGCCUGGUGGUGCGCGGGCAUCGAGCAUAAAGUCAACAAUGGAACUGCUCGAUGGCACAGCAUUGAGGAUAGGCGUGGUGCCUGCCGACGACGAAUUGCUGUCCUGGGCAGCCAUGCGUGGAGUUGAGCUUGCUUGUGGGAAUUGCGGGCGGUGGUCGACAUAGGCUUUGAUGAAUCGUCGUUGCUCAUCGGGAUUUGGGUACCAGCUAUGGUUACAGACGUGAGAAGUAACAGGGUCGUGGUAGUUGUAUGUCCACUCGCUAAAGUGGUUGGCAAACUCGAGCCCAGCCGUAUUCGCUGCUGCGUACUCAAAAUCAAUGACAACCAACUGCUUAUGCUUGUUUGCCGGCUGCAAAAGAGGAGAGCGUUCAUCGUCGGGCUUGAUACGAAGAAUGUUGCCGUAUUGAGUCUAUAUGAAGAGGGUUAGUCGUAUCUUCUGUUGGGUCUGUAUAGGCUUAACUUACGUCGUUAUGAGCAAAUACCAAGCGCUCAGUGAUGGAUUUCUUGUUCUUGUAGAAUGCAUUCAUGUGGACUCGGUAUUUCUCCACCACUUCGAGGAAUCUCUUCCAGGGCAAACCGCAGACAUAUCCAUUGGCUUUCCAGUUGUGUGCCACGGGAUUACGUACAACUACACCUUCCAUACCAGCUUCGUAGUUUUGGUCUAGAUAGGUGACAAUACGAUCGACGUUCUCCAGCCAUUGGUCCCAAUUGCGCCACACACCUGGCCCAUUCUCUCGUUCAUGAUAGAGCAAGUCCACACCAUCGUGCAAUUCUCGCAUACGCUUGGCAAUCUGCUUCGACGUAUCAGGUUCUCUCAAAUCAGACGGAACGAGAGUAAUAGCAUUGAAGAAUUGUUCGAAGCGGCCGUUCUUGAAAGUUCCCAGUAGACGCGGACCGAUCUUCUUACGAGCUAGUCGUUGCAAGACUUGCAGCUCAUUCUCGCGGUCAAUGAGAUGCUCAACUUGAGGUCCAUAGAUUCUAAGCAGAAUCUUUGGUGGCAUCUUCUUACCAUCCUCCUCUGGAAGAUUUGGAGGUGGGUUGACGACAUAGACUGCAUUGGUAAGAGCACCGCUUAGCCUCUCAACAUAUAUGGACGCUCCUGCAUCAAGACUGACGCGGCGCCAUCCUUUGAGUCGGAGAGUAUGUGCAAUACGGAUAAUCUCGUUCUUAAAUGUCAGCCAGGCGUCCUUUUCUUUCUGCGUACGGACAGCAGCCUCUUCGGGAGCUUCGUUUGAUUUGCUCGAGCCGGCAUACUUGAUGGUAAGAGUGUUAUCCAGCCAGGCAUCACAACUAGGUACUAUUGCAUCUCCAUCUACGUAAUCUGUAUCCGAAGAAGCAGCUCGCAGGGAACCUCUUCUUCGCAACUUGUGUCGAGGCACUUUGGAUGGGAAGUGAGGGAUGGAGCUUAGACCCAUGUGCGCCACGGUGUCUUCCAGAAUCUGCUGAAGCUUAUCAAGGGACAUUUCGCUUCCUUGGGAAUCGACAGAGUCGGAUCGCGGGCGAUAUUUGGUGGUAGGCGAAGGCGGGUCGACAGAGUUGGGCUCUUUGGGCGGCGAUAUGGACUUGCGUUGGCGGUGAUGAGGUUUCUUAGAACGCUGGGACGCUUUGCGACGCUCAUGGUCGAGCCAUUCGCUCACCUGAGCAAGCAUCUUUUCACUAUAAUACUGGCGGCGAUCGUCUUGGUGCCGGGAGCGAGACGAGCUGUCAUCAACAGGUCGGAAUGCUGGUGAAUUUUCCGCUGACGACCUGAAGCUAGGUGCGAACUUGCCACUAAGGCGUUUGCUGGAACCGACACGGAACAUCUUUGGGCCAUGGAGAGCAUCGUCGUCAUUUUGCAGGUCGACCUCGGGCUCGGCGAUCUGGACAGCUAGAGCACGUGUUAGCGGUACGUUGGUGCGAGGCAGAGUCGCAAGAAAGGCUCACCCUUUAGCGUGCCGCUACCAGGAGGAGUUCGGUCGACAUCAUCCUCUGACUUGAGAGCUGAUCUCAAAGGUAGAGAAGAGCUGGAGCUAGUAUGAUCCAGAGACAUGGUAGCGUCUCGAUCACGCGAGCGAUGGAGAGCGACGCCAGAGGCAAGCAAGGCGGGAGGGAGACCUUAGCUUAACAGAGUGUGCGUUGGUUUGUAUUGAUGGUAAGAUGUUUCU